GUAUGUAACCACCGGUCACUGCUACAACUACGCUCAUAUUGCGUCUGUGCUAGGCUUAUCUGCUGUGUGUAGCAGAGCAGCUUUGAAUAAUCCAAACAACUUUACAACCACACCAAACCAAACCAUUGUUGAUGGUAGCAUUGCGCGCAACCGACCAAGCCAAAGUGACCGAAUCUAAAGUGGCCUCAGCCCUGCCUGGACAGUGAUGUACCGAAAGUGAUUCCGCAGUGAGUGCAGCAUAAACACUACACCCCAACGGGGGCAAAGGACGGACAGCAUCAUCGGCGAGGUCAUCAUCACGCUACUAGCGGACGUCGUCCGUACCCAUCAUAAUCAUAUAUACUCGCUCGUACCUCGUACCGCUGGCUCAACAAACCGCGCCCGAUCAAUUGUGUCAAAUUGUUUCUAUUUUGAGGUGUAUAUUAUUUUUAAAACUCCCCCUCGCUCGCCCUCGCCCUCGCUCGCCCUCGCCCUCGCUCGCCCUCGCCCUCGCUCGCCCUAGUCCUCUUGCGUGAGGGUUUGGGGCACGGAUUAAGCGGAAUUGCAGUCGGAAUCCGGUACGGGGCUGGUGCAGUCGAGCGUGAGGCGUGCGAGCUAGUGCGAACGUACGAGAACCGAGUGUCAUGUGGUAUGGUACGGUUGUGCUGUUCCUGUUGUGGGUUCUGGCCGAAUCCGGUUCCGGUGUGGGCGGCCUGACGCAGCUGCGCUUCCCGUACAGCACCACCAACUUCAGCCUCAGCCUGUACAAGGCGGCGUUCAAGCCGGAGCAGAACGUGGUCGUCGCACCGUUCACCCUGCAGAACAGCAUAGCGAUGCUGUACUCGAUCGCAACCGGGACAACACGUGACCGGUUGCGGGAGGUGUUCGGUCUGCCGGCCAACUUUACCGAGUUCAUCAUCAACCAGAAGCUGCUGCACUACACGCUCAGCGAUGCCGGCGGUUCGGAGGGCUUUCGCAUGAAGAACCGCAUCAUCGUGAACGGAUUCCGCGAGGUGGAUGCCCGCAUGCGGGACAUCAUGCACGAGGACCUGGACACGGUGCUGAUGUACUUCGAUUUCGCCCAGCGCGAAGGCGUCGUGCGACGGGCCAACCACUUCCUUAGCAUGCGCACGAACGGCCUCAUCCGGGACACGCUCUUCCUCGGCGAUGUGCCGAAGCAGCUGCAGAUGAUACAGCUGAGUGCCGGCUCGUUCCGGCCACCGUUUGCGAGCGGGUUCGAUGCGCGGGACACGAUCGCGCGCGACUUUCGGACCGGCUGGAUCGACAAGCUCUACCAAACGACGACCAUGUUCAAGGAGGGCGAUUUCCGGUUCGCCCGCAUCCCGGAGCUGGAGAUCGAGGUGCUCGAGCUGCCGUUCCAUUCGCGCAGCGAUUCGGCCCUGUGGAUUAUGCUGCCCGAUCGGGACGCCGAACUGGACCGCAUUGUGAAGGCGCUCGAGCCGGAGCACUUUGACGCGAUACAGGCGCACUUUAGCAUGAAGCGGGCCGGGAUUGUGGUGCCAGUCUUCUCGAUCAAGACGGAGUUCAAUGCGACCGACUUCCUGCGCGACACGAUCGGGCUGGACGCGCUGUUUCGGUUGCGCGAGCUGCGCUUCUUCGACGAUCACGAUUCCGCGCUGGACGGGGUGAUGCAUCGGGCCGCCAUCAGCGUGCACGAACGGUCGGCGGAAGCGGGUGGUGUCGCCACGGUGCACAGCUUCAGCAAGCGCAGUGCCCCGGCCGCCUACCAGUUCUACGUGGGACGUUCGUUUCUGUUUGCCCUGGUGAAGCGAUCCUCCAAGCAGCUCCUGUUCAUCGGUCACCUCUACAGGCCCCACGAUCUAGUGGAAGUGUGAUGGGCGCAGAGCGUGUGCUCGUUGACUGUGCUGGAUUUUUUAGAGAAAUAAGAGAAACACACAUACAUACACAUACACCAAA